UCCUAAAGAAAUAUAUUGUCUAUUAGUCUAUUCUAGAUUCACUCUCAUACAAUUCUCAACUAUUUCGUGGUAAAAAAAUUUUCCCCGAAACUUCAUUUUUUUCCAUUGAAAAAUAAAUAUUUUUAGAUUUCGGGAAAAAAAAUUCAACUUACAAGUUUAUUUUCCCCAAAUAGAGAGAAAGAGAAAGAAAAAAAAAUCAAUUGACAAUGGCCUUGAAAAUUCGUGUGGAUUCAACGAAAGUCAAAUAUACCGAGGAAUAUAUUGAAGCUGAAUACGAUUACCAAAUUACCAAAGUUACCAAAACUGAGGAAUGUUUUAAUGUUACACCAGAAUCGAAAACACUUUUAAUUCGAACGGAAUUAAAUAUUCCAAAAGUGGGAUUAAUGCUGGUUGGCUGGGGUGGUAACAAUGGUUCAACAAUAACUGCUGCUUUAUUGGCAAAUAAAAAGAAACUUUCAUGGGAAACAAAAGAUGGAGUUCAAACUGCGAAUUGGUAUGGUUCCUUGGUACAGGCGUCAACCAUGAAACUUGGAACAAUGAAUGGCGAAGAUGUUUAUGUGCCAAUUUCAUCCACUUUGCCAAUGAUUAAUCCAGACGAAAUUAUCUUCGACGGUUGGGAUAUUUCGAAUUUAAAUUUAGCCGACGCUAUGAAACGGGCAAAAGUAAUUGAUAUUAAUUUGCAAAAACAAUUGACAGACGAAAUGGCACAAAUGCAACCGAGAAAAAGUAUUUAUUAUCCAGAUUUCAUUGCCGCUAAUCAGGAAAAUCGUGCCAAUAAUGUUCUAGAUGGAUCAAAAAGUGAACAAUUGCAAAAAAUUCGCGACGAUAUAGUGAACUUUAAAUUAACGAAAAAUUUAGAUAAAGUUAUUGUUCUUUGGACAGCAAACACUGAACGCUUCAGUGAUAUUAUUCCCGGAAUUAAUGAUACAGCUGAGAAUUUAUUAAAAGCUAUUGAAAACGAUCAUUUGGAAAUUAGUCCCAGUACAAUGUUCGCUGUAGCAUCGGCAUUAGAAGGGUGCACUUAUAUAAAUGGUUCACCGCAAAAUACUUUUGUACCUGGAGCAAUGGAUUUGGCGGAAAAAUCAAAAACAUUUAUUGCCGGAGAUGAUUUUAAAUCGGGACAAACUAAAUUGAAAUCGGUUCUAGUUGAUUUUCUCAUUUCCGCUGGAAUAAAACCGGUUUCAAUUGUAAGCUACAAUCAUUUGGGCAACAAUGACGGUUACAAUCUUUCAGCGCCAUUGCAAUUCAAAUCGAAAGAGAUAUCAAAGAGUAAUGUAGUGGACGAUAUGGUAAAAUCAAAUGAAAUUCUCUAUAAACCAGGAGAGAAACCUGAUCAUUGUGUGGUGAUUAAGUACGUUCCAUAUGUGGGCGAUAGUAAAAGAGCAAUGGACGAGUAUACAUCGGAAUUAAUGUUGGGUGGUCAUAAUACAAUUGUCGUUCACAAUACCUGUGAGGAUUCAUUAUUGGCGAGUCCAAUAAUUCUCGAUUUAGUGACACUGGCUGAACUUUGUUCACGAAUAACAUUUAAAUCCGCCGAUUUACCCGAGGAGGAAUUUUCCGGUUUUCACAGUGUUUUGAGUUUACUUUCAUAUCUUUGUAAAGCGCCACUUGUGCCCGCGGGCACUCCCGUUAUUAAUGCUCUAUUUAAACAACGAAGUGCGAUUGAAAAUAUUCUCCGAGCAUGUCUUGCUCUACCGCCCGAUAAUAAUCUUCUACUUGAACAAAAACUCGCUAUGAAAUUCUAGAUUACUUUUUUGUGACAAAAAUAAUUUUUUUUUCAAGGGAGGGGGGAUAAUAUACUGUGUAGCGUACAUUACUCUCAAAAAGUUCGUUGUCGGAAUUGAAAGUUUUAUUUCUGCCCGUCGAACUGGUUUGAUCCAUGUUAUUAAUUAGCUCAGAUUUAAAAAAAAACACCUUGCAAAAAUGCAAUGUUUCCGUUUUGUCUCACAUGGGUACAAAACUGACAGUAAUUUUAUAAUGGUUAUUAGCUCAGAUUAAAAAAAAAACACCUUGCAGACAAUGCAACACUAUUUUUUGUAUCACAAAUCACUUUCUUGUAAACAAGAUUUUAUAAAUUUUCGAACACGGUACACAGCGGUGCGAAAUAGCGAAAAAUGGUAAAAUGUAAAUCUUCAUUAGAGUUUUUAACGAAAAUAUAAGUCAACAAUAGAUCAUUCGACGCAUAAUUCCACCAUGAAUCAAGUAAAAGUGCGAUCUCAACAAAAUUAUUCUUGGAAUUAGAUUAUACGAAUUAAAGGUUAUGUUUGUUUCACAUUUAUCUUAUGAUUAAAAGUUUUUUUCUGAAUUAUUUAAAUUGGAAACCAAUUUUUAUUGAAUAUUUUGAAUGAAAAUAAAGAAUUUAAAGUCUAUAA